ACAUAAACAGCUGUUUUUGUUUGUCAAUUGUGAAAUCAAACAAAAAUGAACGAGGAAAUAGACGAAAGCGAUUUUUACCAUCAAGAUUUCACCACAGCCUCACAAUGGGAAAUAUUUAUGGCGCGUAUGGAGGAAAUUAUAAACCAAUGGAAACAUGAAGAUUCUAAAACUGAUGCCCCAAAAGAAACUCCGAAUACAUGGACCAUUAGAUCCCAAAAACUGCGAUUCGUAGAUGUUGAGUUUUGUCUUCACUCAAUCAGGAAAUCUUUAGAAACUUCAGAAAACUCAGAAAGCUCUGAAAGACAUACAGAAGACAGUGAAAAACCACCGGAAUUGUCUUCGGCCUUUAAGCAUGAUUUCGAAUUGUACCAUGAAAGCUUGGAUUUUGAACACUCCUGUCUGCAUACCUGGUACGGUGUGAAUGACUAUAUAGUAUUGGCUCCCAGAACUGUCGAAAUAACCUGCCCAAGCAAAAUAAAAAUCCUAGUGAGCUCCGCUUAUAUUGUAGCCAACAAUUUGAAGUGUGCUAAACCAAUAUUCGUACAAAUCAGAGAAAAGUGGCAGAGGUGUUACCUGGGUGUAUACGAGAACGAAGAAUUUAGGAUCAAUUAUGAAAUGGCACACCUGAAGAUCAUGCCGUCUCGUUCCAGAUAUCUCGGAGGGCUGAUGCAGAUGUUCAAGGAGAAAUUAAUGCCGCCUAUGGGUUGGCACAGUCUUGUGUCUCUACAACAUACUUAUGCUCUUCAGGAUUUCGGGAGAUUUUACUGGAAGCAGGACCAGAUGUCAGGUGACACAUUCGAUAUCGAAACAGUUUUCAUCUUACCUUUUGGAGUAACUGUUGAUCCGGUGAAUACUUUGUUUCUCAAAACAACUUGGAACCAUCGGUCUUCGAGAAGUCUUGUGGAUGAAGAAAACCAUACCCAUUUCGUAGCCACGAGUGCCGACAAAUGGUCCUGCAUGGUCAAAAUGACUAAAGAACCAACUUGCCUCCUGGAGGGUGCCCUCUCCGAGUUCUUGCAUAUCCUUGGUAAUCAUUCCACCGUUUACAAUGUCUUGGGAGAUUUUGUGACACUGCCCACUGUAGAGAAUAACCCCCUCGAUGUUUUAACGGAACCUGCCAUACCAACUAUUUCUGCUUUACUCACACGGGCUGCUAGACGAUCUUUGUCAAAAAAUAAAAGAAGCAGUCCUCCUAUUUCAGAGUCGGUUCUUGUGUCGUUACUGUACUUUUUGUUUCCUGAUGCUGAUGAGAACUCCAAUUUUCCAUAUAAUAUUGAAGAAGAUAAAGAGUUAAUUUCAAAGAUUGAUGGCAUCGUUUUUUUUUUUCAGAAAAUAUUCCAGAACCUUGAAGAAGAGUUCAAAAGCUUCAAAACGUGCGGGAAAGACUCUCUAAUCUGGCGACUGUCGAUUGUUUUGGCACACUGCCUCCAAUCUCUUGGAGGCCUAAGAGCGUUCGCCCAUAUUUGGUAUGAAUUUGUUCAGGAAAUGCGAUAUCGAUGGGACAAAUGUAUGCCGAUACCAGGGUGAGUGAAAGAAUAUAUGUACUUUUUUGUGAUUUUUUUUGCAUGAGGCAUAUGUUCGAAAAGGAUGAAUGUCUAGUCCAAAUCCAAAAGUGCAAUUGCUAAGUUAUUGAAUAAUAUCUGUGAUAGCUUAGACAAGGAUAAUGAAACUUUGGUAUUGCUGUCUUCCUUCUUUUGGAGGAACCCCGCACGUUUUUGUAUAA